CCGGCGUGCACCGCGGCGCGGCCAUGUUGCCGUAGCGUUGUUUUCUUCCUGCGGAGGCGAGGGGCCGCUGCGGACGGCGACGCGCGGGCCUCGCCUCUGCUCGCUCGCGGGCGCCGGCCCUCGCCGCUCCCCGCCUCCCCGGCCCGCACCAGCGCCGUGGGCCCGCCAGAGGCUCGGGGAACGGCUGAAGGCCGGGCCCGGGCACCACCAUGGCGGCCGCCCUGGGCGCGGGCGGAGGAGCAGGCGCUGGAGAUGAUGACUUUGACCAGUUUGACAAGCCUGGCGCAGAGCGGUCCUGGAGAAGAAGAGCUGCCGAUGAGGACUGGGACAGUGAACUGGAAGAUGACUUGCUUGGAGAAGAUUUACUGUCUGGAAAAAAGAAUCAGUCGGAUUUGUCAGAUGAAGAGUUGAAUGAUGAUCUUCUACAGAGCGAUAAUGAAGAUGAAGAAAAUUUCAGUUCUCAGGGUGUCACCAUCAGUCUGAAUACCACCUCUGGCAUAGUUACAUCAUUUGAGCUGUCUGACAAUACCAAUGACCAGUCCGGAGAACAGGAGUCUGAGUAUGAACAAGGAGAAGAUGAGCUAGUCUACCACAAACCUGAGGAACAAGAACUGUACACUCAGGAGUACCCAGAGGAAGGACAGUAUGAAGGCCAUGAUGCAGAGUUGACAGAAGACCAAAUAGAAUAUGGGGAUGAGCCAGAGGAGGAGCAGCUGUACAAUGAUGAAGUGCUGGACAUUGAAAUCAAUGAACCUUUAGAUGAAUUUACAGAUGAAGAAUACUUGCAGGCUUAUGGUGGGCAGCAAGGGCUGCAAGUGCGGGAAGACUGUGAGGCUGAAGAUGGCUUAGAUGACAUUACUGAUUCCCAGGUUGCUUCUGAGACCCAUGAGGGAGGAAUGGAAACCCUGGAACUCCAGAAAGACAUAAAAGAAGAAUCAGAUGAAGAAGAUGAUGACGAUGAAGAAUCUGGAAGAUUGCGUUUCAAAACUGAAAGGAAAGAAGGAACAAUUAUUAGGCUCUCAGAUGUAACUAGAGAGAGAAGGAACAUUCCAGAAACUUUGGAGCUUUCAGCAGAAGCCAAAGCUGCAUUGCUUGAAUUUGAAGAAAGAGAGCGACAGCAUAAGCAGGGACGCUAUGGUUCCCGUCGGGGAGGAAGGCGAGGAGGCUCUCUGAUGUGCCGUGGAAUGGGAGACCAGAGGCGAGAGAACAGUGAGAGGGCACGGAUGAAAGAGCACAGGCCCGCCCUGCUUCCUACACAGCCUCCGGUUGUGGCUCACUCUCCAAGAUUAAUCCCUCCUCCACAGCCACAGCCUCCUCCACCACCCCCACCACCUCAGCAGCAGCCAAUCAGAAGUCUCUUCCAACAACAGCAGCUACAGCCUCUACUCCCCUUACAGCACCCCCAUCAUCCCUCCCCACCCCAGGGAGUGCACAUGCCACCCCAGAUCGAGACUCCAAGGAUGAUGCUGACCCCUCCCCCAGUGACUCCUCAGCAGCCCAAGAACAUCCACAUCAAUCCACACUUUAAGGGGACAGUGGUGACCCCUGUUCAAGUGCCCUUGCUGCCAGUUCCAAGCCAGCCGAGGCCUGCCGUGGGACCCCAAAGAUUCCCAGGGCCUCCAGAAUUUCCACAGCACACACCUGGACCUGUUCCCAACAGUUUUAAUCAACCACCUCGACUUCCUCUCCAGGACCAGUGGAGAGCCCCACCACCCCCUCAGGAACGAGACCCUUUCUUCUUGGGAGUUUCAGGUGAACCAAGGUUCCCCAGUCAUCUUUUCUUGGAACAGCGAAGUCCUCCACCACCUCCUCCUCCCACGCUCCUGAACAGCAGCCAUCCUGUUCCCACUCAGAGUCCCUUACCAUUCACUCAGCCUGGACCAGCAUUUAAUCAGCAAGGACAGCAGCCAGUGUUCCCUAGAGAGAGGCCUGUAAGACCAGCCCUGCAGCCCCCAGGCCCAGUAGGGAUCCUGCACUUUAGCCAGCCAGGGUCAGCAACUGCCAGGCCUUUCAUUCCUCCUAGACAGCCGUUCCUCCCCAGCCCUGGACAGCCGUUCCUGCCUACACAUGCACAGCCUAACCUCCAGGGACCCUUGCAUCCUCCGUUGCCUCCACCCCAUCAACCACAGCCCCAGCCGCAGCAGCCGCAGCAGCAGCCUCAGCAUCACCAGCACCAGCCACCCCUCCAACCUCCUCUCCAGCCUCCACAUCAGCCUCCCCCACAGCAUCAGCCUCCCCCUCAGCAUCAGCCACAGCAGCACCAACAUCACCAUCACCUUUCUGCUCCUCCCCCUCCUCUGAUGCCCAUGUCUCAGCCGCAGUUCAGGCCACAUGUGCAGACUGCUCAGCCUCAGCCCAAUAGCAGUCGGAUGCAGUGUACCCCACGUCAGGGGCUACGGCAUAGUGCAUCAUCUCAGAGUAUAAGUAAACGACCCAUGCAACAGAUGCAACCCACGGCUCCCAGAAACAGUAAUCUGCGCGAACUCCCCAUAGCACCUUCACACGUAUUGGAAAUGAGUGGUAAUCGCUGUUCCUCCACACCUGCAGCUCAGGUGAAGCCCAUUGUCAGCACUUCCCCACCCUGCAGGGCUGCGGUGACUUCUAGGAGCUCACAGGGAAAAACAGAUGCAAAAGUCAAGCCGCUUAGCCCUGGGGUUCAACCUAAGGAAGAAGCCAAAGCAGAACCAGAGUUCCCUGAUGAAGAUGAAGAGACAAGGUUGUAUCGCUUAAAGAUAGAGGAGCAGAAGCGCCUGAGAGAAGAAAUCCUGAAGCAGAAGGAAUUACGAAGGCAGCAGCAGGCUGGUGCCAGAAAGAAGGAGUUACUGGAAAGACUUGCGCAGCAGCAGCAGCAGCAGCAACAGCAACAGCAGCAGCAACAGCAACAGCAGCAGCAGCAGCAGAUCUAUGGCCCACAGACCACAGUGGAGCAAGAGGAGCUGGCAGCUACAUCAUCACCCACAAACGGUAGCCCACUGUUGCCCUUUCCAGGGCCACAGUGCAGACAAAACGUGAAAACCAGACUUCUUGUUAAAAACCAAGAUGUCAACAUUGCUAAUGUUCAGCCCAAGGCAGCAAACUUUGUCCCGCCUGGUGCUAACAUGCAGCACCAAGGGCAGCAUGUGAGACCACUGAAGCAUCUACGACAGCUGCCACACAAGGUCCUCCAGGUGAAGCCCAUGGACAUGGAGGAGGCCCCCCACUCCCCUCAGGCAUCUAGAGUGACAUCCCUCCAGGGCCGGCCUCAGGACUCCAAGCCAGGGGUGAAGAGGACUGUCAUGCACAGGGCCAACAGUGGAGGUGGUGGAGAUGGGCCACAUGUCAGCUCCAAAGUCAGGGUGAUUAAGUUGUCCGGAGGGCAGGGAGGAGAGAGCGAUGGCUUUUCUCACACAGAGAGCCAGCCCCAGCGGCUUCCCCAGACACCGGACUUGAGACAGCAGCCUACUCGCAAGGUGACCCUGACCAAGGGGGGUCCUCAGCAGCCCCAGCACCUGCCUGUGGGGCCCCACAUGUACCCGGCUAUUCCUCCAGGGAUCAAAAGCAUCCAAGGGAUUCACCCAGCCAAAAAGGCCAUCAUGCAUGGACGAGGCCGAGGAGUGGCAGGCCCCAUGGGCCGGGGGCGCCUAAUGCCAAAUAAGCAGAACCUUCGAGUGGUGGAGUGCAAGCCACAGCCCUGUGUGGUGUCCGUGGAAGGGCUGUCUUCAUCCACCACUGAUGCUCAGCUGAAGAGCCUGCUCAUGUCUGUGGGGCCAAUCCAGAGUUUACAGAUGCUUCCCCAGCAACGGAAAGCCAUAGCAAAGUUCAAGGAACCAGCCCAUGCACUAGCAUUUCAGCAGAAAUUCCACAGGCACAUGAUCGAUCUGUCUCACAUAAAUGUGGCCCUGAUAGUGGAGUGAUCUUGAAUGGGAAAAUCUGACCUCAUGCUGCACACACUGUGGAAUUUCUUCAAGGAAGCUAUAGGUCGGCGCAGGAUCCCCAGAAGUGUAGGUCUAUCUGGUCUGCAGUUUGCCAACUUGUCUGCGCGCCAGCCAGCCACAGGGUGAUUCCAGAAGAGAGUUAAACUGGUGGACAUGGGAUUGGAGUCUGGUGUUAGAUUGCUUUGAAUUCUGUUGUUCACAAGAACUCUGUUCUCGUGUUCUUUUGUUUCCAAGUGCUUACAAUGCAUGUAGACCUUGUUCUUCGUGAUCCUACUGUGUGAUUGGUCACAGUCUUAGAUUCAGGAAAGAAUGUUACCGGCUCAAAUUCCAAGGAUUUUUCCACAGCAAAGAAUAUUUGAUAAUGGUUGCACUUAUCUUCAGUACAGGCUAGAAAAGAAUUCUUAACCAGGCUUAACUGGAGUGGUCUCAGAAAGCCCUCUUAGGCUCUGGUAAAACAUAGGUAAAAGUUCGGGUGAUUAUGAUUGACACGCACCUGCCCUGGAAAGCCAGGGUGUGAGAUGGGUGGCUGGGAAUGGUGCCAUGGAAGUGGCGAUUCUGCUUCUUGUAAACGCCUCUGAAGUGCUGCCUGCUUCAGGAGAGACUUGUGGGCACAGUGCUGGCUAAGCAAGCACAGGCAGCCAUGGCCAGUGGCUCAGCCCCUCCCACAGACAGCCCUCUUGGCUUAGUUUCCUGGCACAGGUUGAGGCACAGCAUGAAGGAAGGGUGGUCAGACCUACUUAGGCCUCUGCUUUUUAAAUGCCCGAGCUCUGUGGUGUGUGCUGUCAUUGCUUUGAUUACCUCACUGCCCUUCAGGCUUUGAGUUUCCUUUGGGUUGCCCUUCUAUCACAUGUGUAAGGGGUGGAUUUCUCAUCAGGGCUGAUGCUCUCCAAGAAAAGUGUGUCUGUCCACAGUAGUCAUGUUGGUCAAUUCCAGCAGGUGAGACUCACUUUCUACAAAGCAUCCCAUGGAAGUCCAUGCUGGGCAGACACUGAACACAGUGCCUUAUGAUGUUUCCCCCAUGAACGCUUCAAUGUUCGGGACGUACUCUACCAUGGGCAAUGACACUAGGACACACUCAGGACUUUUUAGUUGUAUUUUAUACCUGUAAUUUUAUCUUACUUACAUAACUUAAUAGUAUUGAGGGAGACAGGAGUCUGUUGUCACUUACUGUCACUGGAUAAUGAGGAGUAGGUGCAGGUUAUGUUACGUUUUCAAUUAAGUUGCCAAUGUUAUACCUGGAGAAUGGUAUUCCAGGCCCUGUGAAACUACAUAGGACCAUUUCUGAGAUGACACUAUGUGCUGGCAAGUAGCACUGGGGCAAUAUAAUUCUUGUUAGGGAUCCAGGCAAUUAGGGCAAGGCAUUCAUAGGAGGUCUUAGAAGACCUUGUGGCUAUGGUGCCACUUGUGAGCACAGAGCGUUUGCCUUCCCCUGACAGGCUGCGCUGGGGGUCAGCCCUGCUGUGUCUUUACCAUCCAAUCCAUCAACUGGUGGCCCCACUGCACUCUCACGCAUUUCUCUUAGACACAGGGGUUGUCGAUAGAUAGUUCACUAAAUUGGUGAGUUUGGUAACAUGUUAGCUCUAGUUGGAUGAGGUAGAGGCCAUGUAGGAACUUGAGGAUUAGGACUCAGUAAAAGGAGUUUAACAAGUUUGCUUCCUUCUCAAGUGAUUUUUGAGUGCUGGGCCUUUAAAACCCAAAUCUGCAUUUUUGUCUGAAAAAUAGGCACUGACGCAUUGGAGUCACUUAUGGAAGCAUCCUCAUCAACAGCACUGUUCACCUCAGGCCUUAGGGCCACUCUGAGUGUGAUGAGGUACCCAGGAGCAUGUGUGUCCCUUAAUUGUCUGCACACAUGAGGUAGCUUUCUCUUAUUGCAGUGUCCUGAGAGACCAGCUCCAAGCACUGCUUAGAACAGCCGCUCCCUCUGCCUUGGUGCAAUCCACCUGGAGUGGACUGUCAGCGGGGCACGCCAGUCUUAAGGCUUAGCUUCUGUGAGGGAGCCACAGAAAGUGAAAGAAGCAGAAUUAGAAAGAGCGCUCCCCACUUGCUGAGCACUUCUCACAGUGAAGUCAACCACACCCGAACCCAACCCAACCCGGGGAAGAUCUGCUGCAACCAUUAUCUCUGUUCUUUCUUUAUCAUGCAUUUCAAACGAGGAGAAAAAGCAUUAGCAUACUGUGUAAAUAUAUGGACCUUUGAAAAUUCAAACGUUAUUGGAAAUGCUUUCAACUCAAAACAGCAGCCCCUUAGCUAUUUGUUAGUUCUUUUUUUUUGUUUUUGUUGUUGUCUUAUCAAAGUUUAAUGGAGACACUUUCAUAAUUGUUGUUGUGUGUACAUUCAAUUUUCAUAAAGAUGGUAGUAAGUCAAUACAUUAACCCUCAUCUGUGUAUUAUUUGUUCACAAAUUCCACAAGGUUGAAGGAGUUACUCUUGCAUCUGUCCUGAGGUGGAGAGUAGGGGGAGGGGACAAAUAAUUUUCCCUCUCUUUGCUUGUUUAUUUUGUGCUGUAAUGAUUGUGAGUUCACUUAGUUGCUUACCUCAACAUAACCUUGUGUUGCCCUUGGCUUGGCCACAUUUGUUAAAUCCUUAUAUUGAUAUUCUUGAGGGGAAAAAUCUCACCUUUUCUUUUCCAAAAGAUUCUGAGGUAAACUCCCACCCUGGCCCCCACCCAAUCUGAAUAGGCAGCUUCUUGUGCAGGUCCCGUGCCCAUGCCUUGCCGUGGAGGAUCGUGCCUGGAUGGGAUGGGAGGUGGGUUUUCCGUAACCAUUUUCAUCUGGGUAGUCCUCAUGUUAUGUGAAAAGGUCUGGGAUGGUUUAUUUGAAUCAGGAUGCAGCUUAGGUCCUGUACCCAGGGGUUGUUUUCCCCCAUGCAGCAUUCUGCCUGAAGCAGGUAGAAGGAGGCUUUGCUGUUCAUUGAAGCUGGCAGGGAACCCAAAAGGUGUGGGGGGAGGACUGGACAGUGGGCGAGGAGAGAGUCUUAAGGAUGGGGAUGUCACUGAUGUACACCUCUGAUGGGACCCCAGGGUACUCCUUCACUCAGGUGUAGGGCCUCACAGAUGGGCACAUGAAGGUACUCUUGCAGUGACAUAGGCUAGGUGAAGGGUCUUCUUUGAGUGCUAGGCUUAAGACCUGUCUUUGUGUUUUGGUUUUUGUUUUGUUUGUCUUUUAUUUCCUAUGGCAAUAUUGGGAAGGUAAGCUUGAUGUAGCCCAUUGCCUUAUGCUACUUGAAGAUAGGUAAAGGCACUCACUCGCCCAAGAGGUCUGUUCUUGGUCAUCAUUGGGUGCUCUGAGGUUCUUUUCUGUGUCCUCUGACCCAAUACAAAAUGAGCAAGUCAGGUGGCAUAUCCCUGUGCCAGAGCCCUGGGCCACAAGGGGCGGCCCUUUCGCUUGCUCUCCCUUCCUCGGAGCCCUUUAAUCUCUGCCUCCUGCUUGUUGGGCCCAGCUUGAGCUUUGCACCCUCACUCUCAUGCCCACUUGUUUCUGCUUCUCAGAGGGGAAGAGGCCUGGGAGGGCAAUUGGCCUUGAGGUGCUCUGCACAGGAGCUAACAGUUGGGGCCAAGGGUGGACAAGAACAAGACCCCUCCCCACAGAGGAAGCCACUAGAAGCUUAGCUCAGUUAUGGGAGAGACUUAGAUACUUUACCAAGUUUAAUAAUAAUACUGCAACAAUGGCUUGGGUAUUUUAAAGUUUGGGAAGUAUUAUUUUUACAUCCCUAAAUAUAAAGUUCAAAAAGGCACUUAGCCUUGUCUUAUUAAAUCCUAAGGAUUUUCUGUAAGGUUUUUGCAACCUAUUUAGUUUUUGUCAUUUAAAAAUGCCUAACUUCUUAGGUAUACAAACCCAUGGCUUUGUGUACUAGAACAAGAGUAAUCCACUGAUUCAUAUUGGAUCCCAGGUAUACCUCCUACUGGUAUCAGGUGUCAGGAGCGGGUGGGUACUUGUUAACAUAUCUCACCUGACUUUUCUAGAAACUGCCAAUCAUCUAACUCUUUCUGUCGAGUGUUGGUAGGACAGGCACUUUCACUGAGAAACUCUCUCCUUGUCCCUUAGGCCUAUCAUAGGGAGAGGUUUUAAAUGUUCUCCCUGGUUCAGUUUACUGAUUUGAAAAGGUUUGUGGGGAAAUGCAGGUGAUUUAGAGAGAACCUUGUAUAAUUUGUCUCACAUGUCCUAUAGGUGGGAUGGGCAGGUGCAUGUUACUGUGUUCUGUGUUUGGAAGUUUAAUGUGCUCUAGACAGUAGACCUCUUGACCUUCUUACAUGACUUUCUGCUAAAUUACUUUUCAUUUUAAGGACAAGUGACGCGGAGGCUGGUUUGGGAACUAACACCUUUUGCAUUCUGCGCUGUUGUCUUAGAACACACACAUUGUAGACAGCAUGUUGCACCCAGCCCACACUGAUGGCCCUUGAGGAGCAGAUAACCGCUUGUUCUUUACUUUUCACAGGUGGCAUCCAGAGCAGUGUCCUCUGUGAGGAUUUCCUUCCUAGGCUUUAAUUGCACUGUUUAAUUUUCAGGUGCAGCAGAGAUGGAGUGUGGUUUCCUUUUGCUUCCAGAGUGUCUGACGCUCUGUUCUCUUCUCCCACUCUUUCAUCCACUCCCCUGCCUGGCUGGGGCUCUGGCUCCCUCCUUACCUUCUCCUUUUUUUUCCCCUCUUGUUAACACCUGAGGUGUUGUCACUGUCCCCCUCCCAGUGAUUCUCCUGUUGGCAUGCUCCCUGUCUCCACUUCCGUGGUUUCCACACCUGCAGUGGUCACUGAUACUCACUUGAGUCAGGCUCCCUGUGGCAUAAGGGAGCAUUGUGGAUAUCUGCACCAGGGCCACAUCUCCAGUUUCUCUAACCCUUUUGCCUCGACAGGUCUUUCCAUGGGAUUUGUUCCUCCAGAACCUGAAUUGGAGAGCCUGACCUUUGCUUGUUAUUUUUGCAGUUUGACUCUGGGCCUAAAGAUGCCAGUGCCUCUCAGCUGUGGUCUGCAUGUCAUUAACCACCCCUCUCUUGUUUUUACCCCUCUACCUUUGCAGGACCCAGGGCGUGGGUCAAUAUUAGUGGUAGCGUGCUCUCAUUCGCUUGGAAGUGGUGGCCGUGUGGCCAUUGUACUGCCCUUGCUGAUAUGGCCCUCGUCGUCGUUAAUGUGUGUGCGCCUCCCAGCUGUGCGGGCAGCUUGGAGUGCGGGCUAUGUUGCUGGAAGUGCGCUGGCUGCUUAGAAACCACGAGACACCACCUUGCUCUCUUCUGGCCUCACUGUUUCUGCCGGUCUUCGUGUUUCUGCCAGUCACGUGCUCUUCCCGUAUGAGUGACACUGCUGUGCUUUACUCCAGUUUUCCUUGGCAUUAGCCACUUGGGAACUCUUGCAGGCUGUAUAUGUGAAAAGUAGUAGUGGCGUAGGUGAAAAGAAAAUGUAUUGUUGUGUAUCAUUUGUGUGGUCUCAUAGCAAAAAAAAAUGUGUUUGAGCUGUACUGUAACCAAAAAUUCUGUCAUUAAAUUAUUAAAGGUU